AUGACUUCCUCAAUGUCUUCACGUCAAGGAGCUUUAACAAGGGCUUCUAACCGUCUCCUAAGUAAUCUUGACGAUAGUGAAUACUUAGCAUUGUCCCAAGUAGAACUUCCCUAUGACGAAAUCGAUCGCAUUUCCUACGUCAAUACGCUAAUAAAAAGCAUCACGGAUGCAAUAUUCGCCAUUCAGUUUGAAAUGGAAAACGUCCAGAUAGCACUCGAUAAGUAUAGUGAAGAAGCGGAUCAUCUUGAUCCUAAUAUCCCAUUAGUAGAGGAUGCACGCAAUAGAAUUAAUACAAACACCGAAAAAACACUUGAGUUACUUGAAAGAGCAACCCGUUAUCUCUUCAAGUUCUUGAAACUAAAAAACACUUUAGAAGAUACAAAAAACAACGUUUCGAGUAGUACAAACAUCAGUCCUCUAGCAGUAAAGCUCCCACCUAUACCUAUUCCAAAAUUGAGCGGAAAACUAUGGGAGUGGGACACCUUUUGGGAAGCGUUCAACCACUCAGUGCACUCACAAAAAAAUGGACGACUUCUUGAAAAUGAACUACCUAUUAGAUUCUCUUGA